CAUAGAUUAAUCUGUGAAACACAAAUUUUCGAAUUGUUGCACAGAUUUCUAUGAGACUCACAGAUUUGCUCAGAGAUCUCAAUUGUUAAACACAGAUUUUGGUUAUUUAACACCAAGUUGAACAGAUCAUAUGAUGGUGCAUAUUCGUGAAACCUUUAGCUCGGCAAAAUCGAUUUAGCAAGCAAAGCCUUCUUUACCUUCACAGAUAUUGGUAAAACAUGACAUGGCAUCCCUGGCUCACACUAUUUAUUAUCAGCCAGCGAUGUCAGAUCUACGGAAAUCUCCGUAGAUCUACGGAUUCGAACAUUUUCUACGGAUCUACGAAUCUGUAGACAAAAUCUACGGGAAUUGGGUUUUUUCUACGGAAAUUUAAAUUUAUUAACGGAGAACUACGGGAACAAGUUUUGUCUGGCGAGCAAAAAAAAAAGCUUUUCACCGUGAGCGUUUCCGAGAAAAAUUCCAAUCUACGGAAAUGACACUACUACUAUCUGGCAUCGCUGUUAUCAGCUCGUUGACAAGAAUAUGCCGCUGCAGCUAAUUUGAACGUAGUGAACAUCUAUAGUAAACAAAUCGGUUACAACCCCAAUUUCUUAACUGUUAUGAUUCUUGAUCACCCGUCAGAGGACUGAUUCAUAUUCGUUUUCUACCAUUUGUGGAACACCUAUGUAAUAAUAAGUUCUAAUAAAGACAUUCAAUUACUCGUAGGCAUGAGCAAUCGUCGUCCUAAACAUUAUUUUCUCAGUUCUCCGUGGUACGGCAAGAAAUAUGUAAAAAAGAGGCGCACACGAAACAUGUGUGUUAUCAAUGACGUAGAAAGUCAUCCAUACACAUCGAGGAUUCCAAAUUUGUCAUUGAGUGACAUUGCUUCGGAUGAACUUAGUUGGGAACAGAAUGCGACAUCUCAAGUUAUAUGCAUCGAUACACCUAGUAGCAAAAUCAAGAUUCAAAAUCAAAGAGACGGAGUGAUUUUACCACAACACACAUCGUUUGGGGAAUCAGAGGUGUUCGAAGAACUUAGCUCAACCGGUGAAACUUCACACUUGAAUUAUUUCUUUGGAGAGGAAGUGUCUGGAAAAUUUAAUGAGGUUUUGAAACUGACGAAUAGCUUGCAAACUUUCGAUGUUAUGUUUAUGUUGCUGAACUUCUAUAUAAGACAUCAAUUGACCCAACAAGCAUUGGAAGAUCUACUGUCAAUGAUGAACAUCAUCGUCGGCAAGAAAAUUUUUCCAGAAACCUUUUCAAGUUUUACAUCUGCAUUUCCCGAUAAAUAUGACGCAACAAGGCUUUAUUUUUUCAAGAAUUUGACUACUUCAUAA